UAUGGUGUGUACGAAUCGUACAAUUCCUACCGAUUCAAGCAGUGACGUCAUUUUUCCUACUGCCGAAUAAAGGCGAGGUUUCAUAGUUCGUUUGACAGAGGACACUGCGUUCACUGUGUUGUAACGAAAGCUUAUGUUAAAAUCUCUGUGAUCACAAAACUGCGACAUGGAUAAGAAACAAGCCAAGAACACACCGAGCAAUUAAGGUCCAUGUUUAGAUUAGAAUAUUCACAAGUAGCCUUGUUCUGACAGCCAAUCGUCUUCUGGCUGGCACAUGAAAAAAUAAACGCUUAGUAAGGGCAAAUUUCCUCAAUCAGGGACAGAUUUGGCAUUUAUCGCUUAACGUUCUCUGGCGCUUACACGCUCGUCACAGGACUCCCCAACUCAGAGUAGAACGCCUGGCUGUCCAUAUACUAAAUCAUACCUAGUCUACCUAGGCAAGAAGAUGCCUUUACGAACAACGGUGAUCGGUAGCUUUCCUAAACCAGAUUACCUGUCUCUACCUGACUGGUUUCGUACGCUUCAGGACAGUGGACGUAUUGCACAAUACAACAAGAUCAUUAGAGAGACGGAUUCUCAAACUUUACGUGAAACAGUACAGAGAGCAAUCAAAGAGGUCGUGGAUGUUCAAGGAACAGUAGGUAUCGAUGUCAUUACAGACGGCGAGAUUCACAGAGAGAAUUAUGUCCAUCAUUUCUGCCGUCGUUUGAAAGGAAUCGACUUUGAGAAUUUAACUGUUAAAAGUUCUCGUAAUGGAGCAUGGAUCGGUUCGCUACCAACCAUUGUUGCACGAAUAGAGGCUGAUAGUGCSAAAGCCUGGRUUCMAAAUGAAUGGAGAGAAACGCAGAGUUUGACAAAGAGACCGGUUAAGAUCACUCUACCAGGACCUCUUACGAUAAUCAACUCGGUUUGUGACAACUAUUACCAUAACGACCAGGAACUCAGUCGCACUUUGGUGAAGAUCUUAAAUGCAGAAAUCUUAGCUCUUGCUGAGUCCGGUUGCAAGUACAUUCAGGUGGAUGACCCGGUACUUGUUCGUUGUCCUGAUAAAGCAUUAGAAUACGCUAUUGAUCACUUAGCCCAGUGCUUUGAAGGUGUUCCUACUACUGUUAACAAAUGUGUUCAUUUAUGYUGYGGAUACCCRMUGUAUUUGGAUCAAACCGACUACGUGAAGGCUGACCCAGGUGCAUAUUUAAAAAUCGCUGACAAACUCGACUCUGCUGGAUUUGAUUACAUCGCCAUUGAAGAUGCACAUAGGCACAAUAACUUGGAGUUAUUCAAACGAUUCAAGAAGUCACAGGUGAUUGUUGGCGUGGUAAAAAUCGCAAGCAGUAAAGUCGAAAGUGUUGAGGAAAUUAAGGCUCGUUUACAGGAAAUCCUGACCGUCUUCCCUGCCGAUCGUCUYGUCGUCUCACCUGACUGUGGUUUGGGAUUUCUACCGCCAGAACUUGCAGUAAARAAGCUAAAAAACAUGGUACAAGCAGCCAAGUCUUUGCCUUGAGUAAAGUGUAGUUCUCACUCUUGAGUGUAAUGUAGUUUCUACUACUAGGCAUGGGUAUGGCAGGAAUUGAGUUCAUUACUUCAUCUACACAUAAAUGUUAAAUAACUUUUGUUGAGAGGUUAAAGGUGGCUGUGUGAAGAACAAAUUAUCAAAGGAAUGAUUACCUCUACAUGAAUGCCAAUGCUCUAAUGUCUCUAAUGAUUGGGGUGGAGAUUCAAGAUGAGCAUAAAUGYAUGUUUUAAAGCUUUGAAAUAUAAAACACUUUCAUUUAUC